AAUUAACUUGUAUAUAUCAAUAUUGUAACGAAGCCUUUACACUAUCCAUUAUUUUUUAACCAAUUAUAGCAGGUCAUUUACUUUAUUUUCUAGUUACCAAAUUAAGCUUGCUGUAGGCACUUACCUGGUUGAUCUAGGUUGUAUUAACCUUUGGUACUAAAAGAUAUACAUUGUCAGUAACUCAGUAUAUAGAAGCUAAAGAUUUUGAAGCGUGAUGAUUCGUCAAGUAUUGAAAUUUAGUCCGCUAUUGUGAUUUAGCUAAAACGCCUCUCUACUUUUCAAGCCAGACUAAUAUUUAGUUGAUUUUUUAUUUAUUUCAGCAAUGGUAGUAUACUUGUUAUGAUCCUUUAUGCAAAUUGGAUCAAGUAUUUGUAUUCCUGAUGCUCACCUUUCUUGGAACCUCUCCUAUGGCUGGUAUUGAAUUCGAAAAGUAGAUCCUUUUGUUAGAUGCCCGGAUGGAGAGAAGAAAAUGAUAUGUGUUAUGUCAUUUAAUAGGGAUAAAACAUGUCCCACCAACCAGGAGAUGAUGCUGAAUAUAUGGCAGAUGAAUAUGAAAUGGAAGAUAUGGAUGAUGAUAUGGAUGAUGAGAUCCACGGCAGAGACAUGGGUGGCUCUGAUUCAGAUGUAGAUGAGUAUGAUUACAUGAAUAAUAAAAUGCAAGAUACCUCUGCUGCUGAGGCAAGGAGAGGCAAAGAUAUUCAAGGGAUUCCCUGGGAAAGGCUUAGCAUAACCAGGGAGAAAUACAGGCAAACGAGAUUAGAGCAAUAUAAGAACUAUGAAAAUAUUCCUCAAUCUGGGGAGGCAUCAGAGAAGGAAUGCAAAGCCACAAACAAAGAGUGUUCGUUUUAUGAAUUUAGACGUAAUUCACGAUCUGUUAAAUCAACCAUUUUACACUUCCAGCUGAGGAACUUGGUCUGGGCAACUUCCAAGCAUGAUGUGUACCUUAUGUCUCAUUUCUCUGUCCUUCACUGGUCAUCCGUGACCUGCGCCAAAAACGAAGUUCUCAACGUAUCAGGGCAUGUAGCACCACGUGAGAAGCAUCCUGGAAGCCUCUUAGAAGGAUUUACGCAGACACAAGUCAGCACUCUUGCAGUGAAAGAUAACUUGCUUGUCGCUGGGGGAUUUCAAGGGGAACUUAUUUGCAAGUAUCUUGAUAGGCCCGGAGUUUGUUUCUGUUCCAGGACAACAUAUGAUGAUAAUGCCAUCACUAAUGCUGUUGACAUUUAUAACACGGCCAGCGGUGCACUACAUUUUAUAGCUUCAAAUAAUGAUUGUGGAGUUAGAGAUUUUGAUAUGGAGAAAUUUCAACUGUCCAACCAUUUUCGUUUUCCAUGGCCAGUAAAUCAUACGUCGCUGAGUCCAGAUGGUAAGCUUCUCAUAAUAGUUGGGGAUAAUCCUGAAGGUAUGUUGGUUGACCCAAGGAAUGGAAAGGCUGUUGCACCUUUAAGUGGACAUAUAGACUACUCAUUUGCAUCAGCAUGGCAUCCUGAUGGCGUAACUUUUGCAACUGGGAACCAGGAUAAGACGUGCAGAAUAUGGGAUUUACGGAACUUGUCCAAGUCAGUCACUGCGUUGAAGGGUAACCUUGGAGCUAUUCGGUCAAUCCGCUACACAUCUGAUGGCAGAUAUAUGGCUAUGGCCGAGCCUGCAGAUUUCGUCCAUGUUUUUGAUGUAAAAAGUGGGUAUGAGGAGGAGCAACAAAUUGAUUUCUUCGGUGAGAUAUCCGGCAUCUCUUUCAGUCCUGAUACAGAGUCGCUGUUCAUUGGAGUUUGGGAUCGGACAUAUGGUAGCCUCCUUGAGUUUGGACGUCGCCACAAUUAUUCGUACCUUGACACAAUAAUUUAAGCACUCCAGACUGGUUUGGGUGUGUGUGUGUUCGUGUCCCCUUCAAGUGGUUCUGAGUUCUGACACAACUUUGUAAACCAGUAGCAUAGAGGUAGUAACAGAUUUAGGUGUAUAUUUUGUUACAUUGUGCUCUAUAGGUAUGUCUCAUAAGGUGUUGUGGACCGUUUCGGUAUAGGUAUGUCUCAUAAGGUGUGGUGGACCGUUUCGAAUGUCAAUAUAAGAAGGAAUGGCGGGAUGUAUAGAACGCUAGCUCCAGAAGUGAACAAGAAAACAAGGGUGGUUUCCUUGGGCAGACUACAAAUGUGAUCUGGUUGGGAAUGCCAUGUGUGGGCUUUGAGCAUUUGGAUGUUCAUUGCAUUUGUCAACUGAAGCAAUUGAGAAUUGUAUUGAAUAUUGACUUUGUUAAGCGUAUGCUGGUUUACUAUCUUCAAUAAUGUAUCAACCAAUUGCACAUAAAUAAACUUAGAUGGGUUUAGCAAUUUCAA